AUCCCGUGCGGCGAGGGGAGUGGCAGUGAGGAGACGUUCCUCGCAGCAGAAGUGCACUGGCCUGUGGUAGUUUACUCAGCGAUCUUGUUUACUGUCGGGAAACGUCCGUGGAAAUCGGCAGUGCGGUGCCGGCGCGGAAAUCUUGGUGGAACAGUAGAUAGUCAAAACCAGCGUCAUCAUGCUGGCUGCCGUCGCUGUGUUUGUGGUGUUGAUGCUGGUGGUGAUAAUCUACACAAGAAACAGCAAGAACCGUCCACCCGGUCCACGAGGCCUUCCACUGAUUCAACAGAGCUUCUCCAUGAAUUAUGUACGGAAGGAGGAGACCUUCACGAAGUGGCGCAAACAGUACGGCCCCAUCUAUCAGUGCUCAGCACUGGGACAGACGAUAGUAGUGCUCUCCGACCCGGACCUGAUCAGAGAAGCUUUCAGCCGACCGUUCACAGCCAACCGGCAAGAGAGUAACGUCCUCAAACUGUUUUACGCUGACAACGGCAUCAUCUUCUCCAGCGGCGAACUCUGGCAGCAGACACGUCGCUUCACGCUCUUCCACCUGCGGAACUUCGGCAUGGGCAGAACGCAGCUGGAAGGUCUCAUUCAGGACCAGGUCAGCGCCUUCGUCGACGAUCUGGUGGCACCAAACGUGGGCAAGGCGAUGUCCAUUGACAAGGGCCUGCGUAUCGCUAUCGCCAACAUCAUCUGGGGCGUGGUCUCUAGCGAAAGGUUCACCAUUCACGACACCAGGGCGCUGGAGGUGAUGGACAGCUUCGACGAGGUGGGCAAGCUGACCGGGGUGUUCAUCUUGCUGUUUCUCUUCCCGGUGCUGGAGAGGUUCCCCGCCCGUCUCACGGGUCUGGACAAGGCGUAUAAGCUCUUCAGCAUUCCGAUGGACAAGCUCUUUCAGCCGGCCAUCGACGAGCACGCGCGGACCGUGGACUUGAAUGGUGAGCCUCGCGACUACAUCGACUGCCUGCUGCAGGAGCAGCAUCGCAGCCCGGACCUCUUCACCAACCGGCACAUGCUGCGCUCCAUCCUCGACCUCUUCGUGGCUGGCUACGACACGACCACCACCACGCUGCGCUGGGCCUUCUGCUUCCUCUGCUCGCACCCGGAGGUGCAGCGGCGGCUGCAAGCCGAGGUGAGGGCGGUGGCCGGCGAUGAGCGACCGCCGCAGCUCGCCGAUCGACCCCGCAUGCCUUACACUGACGCCUUCCUCAUGGAGACGCAGCGCGUGGCCAACGUCGCACCCUACGGCAUCGAGCACGUGACGGCCGAGGAGUUCCAGCUGGGCGGCUUCACGGUGCCGCAAGGGGCGCAGAUCGUGCCACUGCUGCAGGCCGUGCACCAGGACGAGGCGCUGUUCGCGGAGCCGCUCGAGUUCCGGCCGGAGCGCUUCCUCGACGCCGAAGGGAAACUGAAGCCGAGCCGCGUGCUCAUGCCGUUCUCCGUGGGGAAGCGGUCGUGCAUCGGCGAGGCGAUGGCGCGCGCCGAGCUCUUCCUCUUCGUGACGGCCAUGGUGCAGCGGUUCACGUUGCGUUUCCCCGACGGCUUCCGCCACGACUUCAGCGUCUCCGAGAGCAAGGUGCUUAUCAGAGAACCGACCCCUUUCUUGCUGGUCGCGGAGAGCAAGUAGCGUGUAUUGUAGACGAUGUGUAGUGCGUACAUAUGUGUCGCAGGUCCGGUCUCGGAUAGGCAGAGUGCCGGUCUCGGAUAGCAGAGCGGAAAAACGCCGACUAGCGAUCCUGGCGGUAGAUUGUAGCGCCCCUGGCGACACGUUUGAAAAGCGUGACGCUGCAAGAAAAGCAUGCCCUCUUCGGAUAAGUAAUACGGGCCGUUGAAGAGCAUAACGACCCUCCGAGUAAGAAUGGCCUGUCGUACAUUGAUGUAGCGAGAAAUGCUGAUUUCGUUCAAACCUGUAACUCCUUAGCUUUCACGUUCAUUAAUUGCUCUGAUCAUAGACCACAUUAGCCGUCUGUGGUUCAACUAGCCCUGAGAUUGUUAGCCCGUACGAAUUGCAAGAAUAGGGUAGUUCUAAAAUAUUCGUCAUUCUGUUUCGUUUUUUGCAUAUUGGAACAAAUACAAUUGUAUGGAACAUG